AUGAUGCAGCCUCAAGUCUUCAUUUCUGGCCUCAUACUUCUUCUCUCAGGUACUGUGGGUUCUUCCUUAGUAGUGAAGGGGGUCGCAGGUGACCCUGUCACACUGCCGUGUAAUUACUCAAUGCAUCUCGAAAUCACUACCACAUGUUGGGGCCUCGGGGAGUGUCAGUCUUUUUAUUGUGCCAGGACACUUAUCUGGACCAAUGGACACCACAUCACCUAUCAGAGGAGCAGCCGAUACCAGCUAAAGGGGAAUAUUUCAGAAGGAAACGUGUCCUUGACAAUAGAGAGUGCUGUUCAGAGUGACAGUGGUCCCUAUUGUUGUAUAGUGGAAAUCCCUGGAUCUUUUAGUUAUGUGACCUAUUCAUUGGACAUUAAACCAGAGAGACCCACGACUACAGAGAGACCCACGACUACAGGGAGACCCACGACUACAGAGAGACCCACGACUCUGUCAACAGGACCCACACAUAUACCAGCAUCACCCAGAGUCUCCACCUCUGCUCCAACAACACCAGCACACGCACAGACUCACACACCAGAUUGGAAUAAUACUGCGACAUCCUCAGACAACUCUUGGCAUAAUUACACUGAAUCAGUCCCUUCAGGGAUGGCACAGAACAUGACAAAGGACUUCUAUAUCAGUAUCUCCACCGCUGCCCUGCUGUUGCUGCUGCUCCUGUGCACCGCGGUUAUCACCAGGUACAUCCUUAUGAAAAAGAAGUCGGGGUCUGUAAGUUUGGUGGCAUUUCCUGUAUCGAAGAUUGGAGCUUUGCAAAACACAGCGAUUGUGUGGCCCUGA